GCCACCCCCCGGUCACCCCACCAAACUACUUUAUCCCUCCUCGCUUCUCCUCGCUCUCUCUCGCUCUCUCUCGCUCUCUCUCUCUCUCUCUCUCUCUCUCUCGUCUCCACCUCACCCCGAAACCCCUCGCAGCUGCUCGCAACCAUGGCCAUCCUCGACGGCAUCGGCUACAAGGUCCUCAACAUUGUCGUGUUUGCACUCACCUUUGGGUCAAACCUCUACAAUGUCAUCGGUCCCCACCACUCUUACAGUGGACCUCAUGACACCUACGUCACGCCCUCGGCGUACGCUUUCUGGAUCUGGACGCUCAUCCACUUCCUCCUCUUCUGCAUGAUCAUCUACCAGUUCACCGAGCGCGGCAAGGCCAUCGUCGUCGACCGCAUCCAGUACCGCUUCGCUCUCCUUGGUCUCCUCAACACCGCCUUCAUCUGGCUCACUCUCCGCGGAUGGUACAUCACUGCGUUCAUUGCCGCUCUUCUCGUCGCCGGCGCUGUGUCGCAGAUCUACUUUAUCAUUAACGCCGACUCGGGCGAGUGCAGCCUGCCUACGGAGCUCUUCGUCCACCUUCCAUUCAGCCUCUACCACGGCUGGACCGUGGUCCUGACCGUCCUUGCGCUGUUCCAGGCCUUUGGUGUCGACGCCGACACCCACAAGGCCGGCAUCUGGACCAAGAUCUUCGUCUUCCUCUCCUUCCUCUUCCUCGAGUCCACUGCCGCCGGUUACGCCUUUGCCACUGCCUCGGGUGACCCGGCCGGCGCCGCUGUCAUCUCGUGGGCACUCUUCUCCAUCUACAUGCACCAGUCGGUCCCCUUCAUCAAGUGGUCGGCCUUUGCCUUCUUCAUCCUCUCCCUUUUCGCCGUCAUCAAGGCCGUCUACUCGUCCUUCCGUACCGGCCGCUCCAUCCUGCACGACGAGGAGCGUGCGCCCCUCAUCUCGGGCGGUGCCGCCUAAGAACAACACCCUCUUCUGGCCACUUGUUUGGCCUGUCUGGCCUCGCCAGACUUACGAAGGUAUGAGCGUGACGACCCUAAUCCGUUCCCGACUCGAAUAUACCACUUUGAAGCAACGAAGAAUCUGAAGAAGCAAGAGUUCAUAGCCACGAAUGUCGAUGUGAUCACUUCUGUAACCGUGAGCUGCGGCGGGAACCCUCGACGCG